AUGGACAAUAUAUAUCUUCCACGAUAUGUAAGCAAAGAGUUUGUCUAUACAGGAAACUGUACUAAAUGCAUCAAUGUAACGAUAAGAUCACUAGACGUGCCAGAGAAAAAACAAAUUGAGAAAAACACCGGCAGAAGAGACCUCGAGGUGAAAGCUGGGAAAAAGCAAAGAACCCUGAAAAAGGAUUUGGAGACAUAUAGAGAUAAAGAGAAAGAGAGGAAUGGAGUGAGGAGGCAAGGGGUGGAGAGGCAGAGAAUGUAUACUGGGGUCACUCUUGGCCCUUCUAUUGGGAUUUUGGGAAGUGUAAAAGACCCUUUUAAUAAAAGGGGCUUAAAGCCUCAUGAUUUGGGGCGGUAA